UCCGCAAUCACUACCAGUUGUCCAGUCCACCGAAGACGACGAAGAGGAGACCGACGAAAAUGUCUUCGGUGCCCGACGGCAAAAAGCUGGUCCGCAGCCCAAGCGGCCUACGCAUGGUGGCUGAGAACGGAGCCUUCAACAGUCCAUUCUCCCUGGACGAACCCAGAUGGGUGCCCGACAAAGAAUGUCAAAAAUGUAUGCAGUGCGAGACCAAGUUUGACUUCAUCAAGCGUAAGCACCACUGCCGGCGUUGCGGUCGCUGCUUCUGCGACAAGUGCUGCGGCAAGAAGGUGGCGCUGCCCCGCAUGAGCUUCGUGGACCCGGUCAGGCAGUGCUCCCAAUGCGGCCUGCUCUCUCAAAAGGAGAGCGACUUUUACGACAAGCAGAUCAAAGUGCUCGUGGCAGGAAGUCCCUUCCGAGUCACUCUGGGAACGUCCGACAAGUGUGCAACUAUGACCUCCCGCCUCUCCAACAACCACAGGUACUUGUUCCUGGACGGAGAAAACAACUUUGAGGUGGAGUUGUCUCGCAUCAUCAGCAUACAGGUCCUGACAGACGCGACCAAUCCCACAGGCACGUCCCCGCAUGCCAUGGGCAUGCUCGUCAAGUACAAGCCGUCCGGCUCUCAGGAAGUUGAGCUGCUGCGACUGGACACCACCUCCAGUGAAGAAGAGAAGAAGGUGGCCCAGUUGUGGAUGCUGGCCAUGCACAAGGCGGCCAAGCUGCUGUACGAGUCUCGGGAACACCAGUGAGUUCAAAGCGGUUGCCCAAAGAGCCUUUUUCCUCCUUUCUCGAAAGUGACCAGCGUCUCCAGCCACGAUUUGGUACUCGUCGCAUUGACCAUCUUUUCUACUUCCGCUUUUGGCCAUCCAAAGCUCAGCGGGCGGGCGAGGACGUCACUUCCUGGACUGAAAGCCUGUUUUUUUUUUUUUAAUGGGCACCGCCCGGUAGCUGUGAAUGGGAUUGUGGCAAGUGUACUCUUGGAUGUGCAUUUUUAAUUUCUUGGGCUUGCUCACCUUUGUGCUUUGGACCUCAAGGGGUCUUAAACUUUACUUUAAAAUUUGCUUUACUGUUUGAAUAUUAUUAGUUUUUGAGGGAUUCCAGUCCAGAAUACUCGGAAUGGCGUCGAGACUCUUACGGGCAAGGUCCUGCUCCUGCAGUUGCGUCCCGAGAGGCGAUCCAGCGCUUCCCUUUUGACGACAUCUCGGCCGAGUGUCUUCCGAGAUGACAAAACACGCACUUAAAACGUGAGCGUUCCCUUUGGAUCCCGUGUUUUUUUUUUUUUUUUUUUUUUUUAAUGAAGGAUGUCUCAUGAAGAGCACAAAUCCAAGCAGAUGAUGGACAACUCGUAACUUGAUUUUAUCAAGCUACGGUGACAAAAUGUGCUAUUCGGUUUGUAACGCCGCUGCCAAAAGUAUUUUUCUAUGCUCAUUGCCUGAAAGUUGAAGAGCUUCACGAAACAAGUCGGUGUGAAUGUGUGCACGUGAAGGGUGUGAUUGGCAGUUGCUCGUUUUAGCAGCCAGCUCCUCAUUUCUUCACAGCAAUUGGGAAUAAAAAGAUAAGAUAAGAUAUCCUUUAUUCGUCCCUUAUCCCUUAUAGCAGUAUUACCUUCUAUGGACUCUUGAACUGUGCAAUUACACGUGCACUCUUGAAUGCGUACGUUUUUUUGGGGGGGCGCGGGGGGGGGUCAACCUAAAUCAGUUCUCUGAAUUAAACAUUUUCUGGCUGUUUUUUUUUCAAAUUGCAAGUCAUGAGCCGGUGUUCAUGAUGGAAGUAAAAUUCUGGGAUCGUUCUCCCAAGACAUUUUGUUUGACAAAACGUCAGUUUGGGUUGAUUGAAAUGAAAAUCAAAACACCGGGCAGUUUAUUGAUUGGCCACAUUCAUAUGGAAAAACGCUAAGCUGGAAACUUCAAAAAUGUAUCUGCUUUCCGUGUGAGGUGAAUAUUUAGGGAUUUUUAAAUAUUGUAAUCGUAAAAUCUUGAAUUUUCAUACAUUUAGUAAUUACAUUUUGCAAAUUUCUACAUUGUGAAACAAUAAAUGUUUUCUUACCUUA